GCCAUGACGACCGCGGCUAGGUCGCUGCAGACUCGGUUGGUGACUCCGGGCGCGUCGAAGAUCGUGUACCUGUCGUUUGCAGUGGCUCAGUUUCCCAGUAAUCCAUAAGAAUAGCAGGGAUGACAGGGUCCCAUGUCGUUUUUUGGUCCGAAUUCCUCGACCGGCGACCCUGUGCCCGGCAGGCUGCACCGUGCCGCGCGCACUGACUCUGGCCUCUGCGGGAGCCCCCUGGACGGCUCCGGGGUGGGGAGGGGGCUUUGCAGAUCCCCAGAAAACCGCCCGGCGAGCCACGAGCCCGCGGACUGCAGGCUCCGCUUCCUCGUGGGGUGUUCACUUUGUGUCAGUGUGUUGAUUUGCCGCCAGUUAGAAGCGUCUUAAAAAGGGGCCGGGGCCAUAGGAGGGGGGCUUGCUUAUCUUAAGGAGGCUCUGGGCUUGCUGAUCCACGCAGCGGUUUGUCGCGAGGCUGCGGGGGAACGGCCCACGGCCGCGGUAACAGGGCUUCGUCUUCUUUGCAGAGCCAUGGGCAGCAGGAAGAAGGAAAUUGCCCUGCAGGUCAACAUCAGCACCCAAGAGCUUUGGGAGGAAAUGCUCAGUUCCAAAGGACUAACUGUUGUUGAUGUCUAUCAAGGCUGGUGUGGCCCCUGCAAACCUGUGGUGAGCCUCUUCCAGAAGAUGAGGAUCGAGGUCGGCCUGGACCUUCUGCACUUUGCAUUAGCAGAGGCAGAUCGUCUUGAUGUCCUUGAAAAGUACCGAGGGAAGUGCGAGCCAACCUUUCUGUUUUAUGCAGGAGGAGAACUGGUGGCUGUGGUUAGAGGAGCAAAUGCCCCACUGCUGCAGAAAACCAUCCUAGACCAGCUGGAGGCCGAAAAGAAAGUGCUGGCUGAAAGCAGAGAACGGAAAGUGAUUAAAGAUGAGGCUCUUUCUGAUGAAGAUGAAUGUGUUUCCCAUGGAAAGAACAAUGGUGAAGAUGAGGACAUGGUUUCAUCAGAGAGGAUCUGUACCUUGGCCAUCAUUAAACCAGAUGCAGUGGCCCACGGAAAGACCGAUGAGAUUAUCAUGAAGAUUCAGGAAGCUGGGUUUGAAAUUCUAACAAAUGAAGAGAGAACCAUGACAGAGGCAGAAAUGCGACUUUUCUACCAACACAGAGCUGGAGAGGAGGCAUUUGAGAAGCUGGUACAUCACAUGUGCAGUGGACCGAGCCACGUCCUGAUCCUUACUAGGACUGAGGGCUUCGAAGACGUGGUCACUAGCUGGCGAACCGUCAUGGGCCCCUGUGACCCCAAUGUGGCCAGGAGGGAGCAGCCUGAAAGUCUCCGAGCUCAGUACGGCACAGAAAUGCCCUUUAAUGCCGUCCACGGAAGCCGGGACAGAGAAGAUGCUGACAGAGAACUGGCAUUGCUCUUCCCCAGUUUGAAAUUUUCAGACAAAGAUACAGAAGCCCCUCAGGGCGGUGAGGCUGAAGAAACAGAGGGGCCCACUGAGGCGCUUUGCUUUCCCGAGGAUGUGGAUUGAGAUGGCUGUGCUGCUCUUCCGGAGCACGUGACCAGGGGUCUACUGCACAAAACGGACCUCCAGAAUCGGAACUUACUCUUUUGAGUACCAAUACUUUUUGGUUUAGCUGUCUUUUGUAGACAAUGGAAAUAAUAUGGCUGGGCGCAGUGGCUCACGCCUGUAAUUCCAGCACUUUAGGAGGCCAAGGCAGGUGGAUCACUUAAGGUCAGGAGUUCGACACCAGCCUGCCCUACAUGGUGAAACCCUGUCCCUACUAAAAAUACAAAAAAAUUAGCCGGGCGUGGUGGCGUGCGCCUGUAAUCCCAGCUACUUGGGUGGCUUAGGCAUGGGAAUCGCUUUAACCCGGGAGGUGAAGGUUGCAGUGAGCCGAGAUCAUGCCACUGCACUCCAGCCUGGGUGACAGAGUGAGACUCCACCUCAAUAAAAAAAA